CCUCCUUUUCCUACCUUAUGUUCUCAUGACCGCGCAACUCCAGCUCCAUCCUCAUUGCGACCGUUAUUGCUACCUAUCAACAUUGCCGCGACAGGAUUUCGAAACGAGGCGAUAGCAGAGCUAGCGCAGCCGUGUUCAUAUUGUUGCAAUGGCGGAGAACUAUCAAAUGCUGGAGGAGCUCGGGAGUGGCUCCUUCGGAACAGUCUACCGCGCUCUGGACAAGACGACCGGCGAAUAUGUCGCCAUCAAGCACAUCGACCUCGAAGGCAGCGACGACGACAUCCGUGAGAUUCAACAAGAAAUCUCCCUCCUCGCGACAUGCAGCUCCGAAUACGUUACCCGAUACAAGACAUCCUUCGUGCGCGGCGUCAAACUCUGGAUAGUAAUGGAGUACCUCGGCGGCGGGUCAUGUUUGGACCUGUUGAAGCCCUUCUCCAAGGGCAUGGAGGAGAAGUACAUCGCUGUCAUCAUGAAAGAGUUGUUGCAUGGAUUGGACUAUCUACACACCACGGGCAAGAUUCAUCGGGACAUCAAGGCGGCCAACAUUCUGCUAUCAGAGACGGGACAGGUCAAAAUUGCGGACUUUGGUGUUGCGGCACAGUUGACCAAUAUCAAGUCGCAAAGACUGACGUUCGUUGGGACGCCAUUCUGGAUGGCUCCAGAGGUCAUUCAAGAGGCUGGAUACGACUUUCGCGCGGACAUUUGGAGCUUGGGCAUCACUGCGAUGGAGAUGGCAUUGGGAGAGCCGCCGCGCAGCGACGUGCAUCCCAUGAAGGUGUUGUUCUUGAUUCCGAAAGAGAAGCCACCACGGUUGGAGGGAAGCAGAUUCAGCAGAGAAUUCAAGGAGUUCGUCGCCCUGUGCUUGAACAAGGAGGCUGAAAAGCGGCCGAGUGCGAUGUCGUUGCUCAAGCACGCUUUCAUCAAGAAGGCUGGCAAGACUGACGUUUUGCGAGACCUGCUACGGGUUGUGAAAAGCCAUGAGCAAGAUGGUAUGGAUCACGAGAAGGAUACACGAUACUACGAGGAGACUCUAAGAUCGAUGCAUCACGCCCGGGAGGACGAUGAAUGGGUGUUUGACACCAUCAGACCCAACAGCAGCAUGCGACCAUCAACUCUUGCGGAUUCAAACACCAAACGACGUAAGCUGGAGCGAAUUCCAUCAGGAUCGAAAGUUGAAGACGCGACGGCAGCGAUGGAGCAGAUGAGCCUGGAGAAUGCACCAUUGCAUGGUUCAGUCAGGCAGACGUCGAGCAAGGAGUCCUCGACAAUUCGCACUCCAAAGGUGAGGAAGCAGAGCACACAGCGCAAGCAGCCUCGUCAGCCGCUGGGGCUGGACAUGUCGUUCGGGAAUGGUGCAUCCACUGUACGGCAGUUCAAGCGUGUCAGCUCGGGCAACAGACCUACGACGCCUCCCGCACAGACCGGGACCUCGCCAGCAGACAGCGUGUUCGACAGCGACAGCGAAAACAAGCCUCCUGCAGCCGCUCUCCCACCUGUGCCUGCGGUAGCGGCAACCAAAGAGUCUAUGCUCGGACGCCGGUCUUUCGCAAAAGCUCUCGAUCCGGCCUUUCAGGAAGCAUAUGCGGCUACGGCUGACCAUGCGAAACGCGAAGCGCUGGGCAAAGUCGCCGAAGCCUGGUCGAACCUCGACGAACUCGAUCCAGAAGGCGAGCUCCUCCUCCUCAAAUCCAUCAUGGAUCGCAUCCAAGCGGACCCCAAACUCGCCAGCGCACUCCUCCCACAACGCCGAGAUGUCCAGACGCCAACCAGCCCAUCGAAGCUGGUUAUGAACCCGCUCAACCCUCAUCUCAAGAAGAUGCGCUCGAGUCAGCAGUUGCAGGCUGAUCGUGAGAAGGCCGCGGAGGAAGAGAGAUUGAGGAUGGAGGAUAAGAUGCCUGGCGCGAAGGUUGAGCCGGGUAUGGAGCAUACGAGCAUGCUUGCGGAUGUGCUUUAUGGGAGAUGGACUGAGGGAUUGAAGGCGAGGUGGCCGUUGGCUUAG